AUGUCGGCCGUUUCACCGCGCGAUGAUUCUGCGGCGUUGAUGCCUCCACCCUCGCUCCCAUCCACAUCUGCUUCCCCCAACACGGCGGCAGUGGAUGAGGCGCGGCUUACGGACGACGACAUUGACGCACUGAUCUCGUCGCUGCAGCCGCACGAGGAGCUGGACCAGCUACGGGCGAUUGAAAAGACGAUCCGCGAGACGCAGUCGCGUCGUCGGCGCGAGGACGAAGAGAUGCGCGCCAAGAUGCAUGCGCUCGACUCGGCGCUUUCCGACCUGCGCAAACAGAGCACCCGCCAAGCAGCCGACUGGCGUUCCCUAGCCCAACACGCCGAAACCAUCGAAAAGCUCGACAACAAGAACUUCGACCUCGCAAAGAAGAUCAACGAGCAGGAAUCGCUGCUCUCGAGUCUUCAGACGGAACUGCUCGAGUUGAAAAGGGCCGCGGAAGAGUUGGAGGAGAUCGAUGUUGAGGACGAGUCGGAGAUGGAUAAAGAUGCCACAGAUGCAUCCGACGAAUGGUCAACGCUGCUGGUCAGGUCGGAUACCCGCAACUCGGCGAUCCACUUUGACAUUCACACGGCGCACCUCAAGCAAAACGAAAUCUCUCCGCUGGUUCUAGCCGACCAACUCUGGAAGGCCGCCGAAUAG